GUUGAAACAGCAACCAGACUUCCUCUGGACAACAGGCCAGAGUCACCGGACCUUGGAGAGCCAUCUGGCUCUGUAUCUACAAGGAGCCUGUCACCACCGCCCCUGGAGGUGGUUGAGGUUGACAUGGUGCCGCCUGCAGAGGUGACACCUGCUGAGGUGCCGCCUGCCGAUGUGACGCCUGCUGAGGUGCCACCUGCCGAGGUGACGCCUGCUGAGGCAACACCUGCCAGGGUUACGCCUGCUGAGGCGACGCCUGCCAGGGUUACGCCUGCUAAGGUGACACCUGCGAAGACGCCUCCCGAGGUUCCUGCUGAGCUGCCUGCCGAACCUCAAGGUGCUGCUGUGGCUGCUCCACCUGGUGAGGCUGAGGCCGCCUCUUGGCCUCCUCCUCUUGCUGUUCAGGAUGGUGAGAUCCAUCUGGGACAUGGCAUCAAGAUGCGAGAGACGGUUUUCAACCACGCCUUGAGCAAGGCUGCCACCCCCGGCCGCUUUAUCAGGAUGGUGAGCAGGUCGCUGUGGGAGCCUGCGGAGCUCUUUGACAGGAGCGUGUCGGGGCAAGCGUGCAGGCGUCUCCUCAAGGAGGGUGCAGUGGGGAAAAAGCCCCUGACACCCGAAAAAAUUGAUGCUCUGGCAGUGGCCUACAGCCGCUUCGCAUUGAAGGAGGGGCAGGGCAAGAAGGAGGGAGGCAAGAAGGAGGGAGACAAGAAGGACGACAAGAAAGGCCCGAAAAAACCAAGGGACAUUGUCAAAGACCUAAUGGGUGACUACUUGGUAGACAAGAACAGGGAGGAGCAGAGGGCCCAGAAACGGAAGAAGUCCUCUGCCUGUGAGAGUGUGUGAUCUGUAAAUUUUCCCUUUUUUUUUGCAUAUAUGUCAGGGGUGGCCAGGAUGACCCUGCC